UGCUUGAAGUCAGCAAGGCAGACACAUUUGCCAAGGAGAGCUGAGAAUGGAAGCACAGCCCUUGCCCGGGCAGCUUGUGCAGGCUGCCUUCUAAAUGCAACUGGGAAACAUGAUCUAUAAAUAGGCAUUCAUUGUCAGCGUGUGAGAAAAGACAAGAGUGCGUGCGUGGUCUGAUUCCGGCCUAAUUAAGUGGCUAGGAACGCAGAGCUGCCUGGACAGGGAUCCAGUCAGUAGGCGGCUACAAGGCUUGGCCACUGGCUCAGGCAGACCGAAGGCAAAACAGACUGAAAAGGAAGCUGUCUUUUUGCCUCGGUUAUGGCAAAAAUCAUUUUGAGGCACCUCAUAGAGACUCCAGUGCGGUACCAGGAGGAGUUUGAAGCUCGAGGGCUGGAGGACUGCAGGCUGGAUCAUGCUUUGUAUGCACUGCCGGGACCAAGCAUCGUGGACCUCAGAAAAGCCAGGGCAGCACAGUGCCCGGCCGCGGACUCAGCACCGGCAGAGCUGCCGCCCCAAGGAGGCAAAUCCCGCUUUCAGAUCCUGCUGGAUGUGGUCCAGUUCCUCCCCGAAGACAUCAUCAUCCAGACCUUCGAGGGCUGGCUGCUGGUUAAGGCUCAGCACGGAACCAGAAUGGAUGAGCACGGUUUUAUCUCCAGGAGCUUCACCCGGCAGUACAAACUGCCAGAUGGCGUUGAAACCAAAGAUUUGUCCGCCAUCCUCUGCCAUGAUGGGAUUUUGGUGGUGGAACUGAAGGAUCCAGCAGGGACCAAGUGAAGCCUUCGGUUCCGGUUCAUGUGACAUGAACAGAUUCCAGUCCAGCCAGUGGUACCAUGGGAGGUGCUUGUAUGGCCCACGUUUGCAGUGGCUUACUAGGAUUUUUAUGAAGAUUAAAAAAUAAUUACACAGUU